AUGGAUAGGUUAAUUGAAGCUGUAGAUGGAUUAGUUCCUUCUAAUUGUUUGGAUGUCUUCGAUAAAGUUGCACAAAUAUCAUCCUCUAAAAAUACAUUCUCUCCAACAGUAAAUUUAGGAUGGGUUUUAAUGGCCAAAAUUUUACGAAACUGUAAUGAAGAAUCUUUGAAAGGAUUUACACAGCGUAUUCAAAAACGUCUUGCCGAUGUUACUAAAGUUCGUGUAUGUGAUGGGACAAUUAUUUUUGUUCAUACAUCUUUGAAGUUAUUUCCUACGAUUAUUAAUAAUAACCAAAAGCUUCUCAAACACAUAACAACUCUUUUAUUAGAACAUGCUUUUUUAAUUAACCAAGAUUCAUGUGAUGAUUAUAUAGCUGAUUUAGUUAGUGAGAUAUUUUUGUUGGUUACCAAAAAUAAUGCUCUUAAUGCAUUGUUAAUUUCUAUUUCUGAAAUAGUGAAUAGUGGUCAAGAUAAUACCAGAGAAAGUGAUGAUGAAUUUCUUAAGUUCUCUCCUAUUUUAAAUGAUGAAAAAAGAAAUUUUUUUGUUAUUCAAUUAUUAAAACUUUAUGCCACAAACAUUAUGAAAGUAAAUACAAUAGGUGAAACAAAUAUUAAACUUUUUAUUGGUAUAGCUGAUUCUCUUAAACGAUUUGAAGAUGAUUGUAUUAAAAAAGAAAUUUUUAAUUGUUUUAAAUGUCUUUCUAUUAGAUGUAGUCAUUAUGUUUUACCUUAUAUAUCGGAUAUUUCUAACAUUAUAUCAAGUUAUGAAAAUGAUUCUGAUGUUUAUGAAAUGAACUCAUUUCUUUGUGACAAAUUUGGUACAGCUAGUACUUUGUACCUUAUGUUUCCGUUUAUGUUGACAAAGAUUUUAGAUUCCAACAAAGAAAGUUGCCUUAUUGAUGAUGGUAAUGUUUGCCGUUUGUUGGCUUCAAUUAUAAGAAAGUGUGGAUAUUUACUAAAACCAAUAAAUCUUUCUCAGUUACUUAAAAAAUUACUUACUGAUUUUGUUAAGUUGCGUAAAGUUACAACUGAAUCUUUAUUACUUUUAAAUGCAUUUUUAUCUUUGAAUCACGAAAAAGUACCAGUACCAGUCAAUGUUGCUCAAAAAAUAAUUUGGGAAAGUAAAUUUGACAAUGAACAACUUACUAAUUUUGAAUUUCAAUGUGCUUUGGAAAAUUGCAAAAUACUUUGUUCGGUUAUAUCAAGACCAAGAAUUAUUGGAAUAAGUAGAGUAAGAGUUGAUGAUGAUCCAAUUUACAAUAGAUGUAGUACGAUAACUAAUGAUUUAGAGAUUAAAAUAGAAACGGAAGAAGCUGAAGAGGUUACUGUUGAACAAGUAGAUUAUGAGAAGGAAGAUGAAGAGUAUUUAGCUAUGAAGCGUCAAUGGGAGGAGACUACUGCCAUUCUUAAACUUAAACGUAAAGCUCUUGAAGAAGCAACUAUUCAGGAUGAGGAAAGUAAGGAAAAAGAGAUUGUUAAACGUGUACGUUUUGAAGAGAAAGAACCUGAGAUUCCAGAAAAAACUAAGAAGGCACAAGAUAAAGGCAAAAAGGUUAUUAAACCAAAAUCUGCCUUCAUGGCAGUUAUUAAAAAUAAUGAAGCUACCAAGUCUAUUGAUGAGAUGUUUGCUGAUUUUUGCCCCGAAUAA